AUGGACGGCCCGCCGCCCCGCCCUCGGCGUCCAGGGUCUCCAAUGUCCCAGCUGCGCCGGCACCGCCCACGUGAGGGUGAGCGCGGGAACCGCACUCUGCACGUGCUUGAGGGAACUCUCCGAGUAGGACGAGGGAGUGGCCGGCUGCGCAAACACCGCCGGAGCUGGCGAGGCGAGGCGAGGCCACUUGACUGCAGCUGGCGAGCGGCGAGCGGACGGCGAUGCGGGUGUCCGGCUGGAGGCGCCCCAGGGCGAGCUGGUGAAGCGCCCCGCCGGCCGGUCUCCCCGAGAGCAGCUGGAACCAAGAUGACGACAGUUGCACCAGCGACCGAGAUUUCCCUGCCUUCAACAAACGUGACCCCCAAGUCCCAGGAAAUGCUUUAUCAGAGUUCUGGAGCAAUUGUGGCGGCCAUUGUAGUCGGCGUAAUCGUUAUAUUCACGGCAGUUCUGCUCUUGCUGAAAAUGUAUAAUAGACGCAUGAGGGCACAGCGAGAGCUAGAACCUAAGAAUGCGAAAGCCACGAUCCCCUCCUCGCUGGGACAGAGUAGCAACGACGCCGGCCGUAACACAGCGGUCACGUUUGUCCCUGUGGACAUCCACAUGCCACAAAGAAGACCGUGACGUACGAGCUCCCCGGAGAAUGUCAAGCAAGAGCAAAACCUGGGUCUACAGACUCUAAUGGAAUUGUCAACACAGAGGAAGACAGGACUGGAAAUGGAGUUGUUACCAGCGGCCCGCUUCCUGUGGCCAGCUAUCCACAUUCUUUUUCUUUUAGAAGGGAAAAGGCUGAGCAUCUCGGUACUGCUGGGGUCAUGCCACACUGGUGCCCGGUGAUGAAAAUGGUGUGUCUUGUCUCUACAGCAGUGGAUAUGAAGGGGAACCCAGUGGGCAAAGCUACCCCUGUUGUUGGAUCAACAGUUUUCUGCUCCUUCGACCUAAGCUUGCCUCUCACACUCCAUCAGUCUCCAGAUGUGAGUGGUUCUCUCCUAGUUUGCGAUUCUGAAGUGGCAAAGGCACUUCCCUUUCGCCUAUGUUUCAGCAGUCAGUUUAUGAUCAUUGUCGAACCUC